AUGGUGGAUGGCUGUGGCGUUGUCGUGUGGUACACCUACUUCAAGGUGCACAUGACCAAGGAAGGACCCCCGGAGAUACCCCAACACCGCAAUAUCCGUAAGCAACACGAAGGCUUGCGUGGGUUUUACAAGGGACUCACGCCAAACUUGAUCAAAGUGCUGCCCACGGGAGCGCUGAUUUUCGCCGUGUACGAGUACCAACCUUAA